AUGGUGGGAGUGUGGGUGCUGGUUGUGAGAGUGUGGGUGCUGGUUGUGAGAGUGUGGGUGCUGGUUGUGAGAGUGUGGGUGCUGGUUGAAGUGUGGGUGCUGGUUGUGAGAGUGUGGGUGCUGGUUGUGAGAGUGUGGGUGCUGGUUGAUGUGGGUGCUGGUUGUGAGAGUGUGGGUGCUGGUUGUGAGAGUGUGGGUGUGGUUGUGAGAGUGUGGGUGCUGGUUGUGAGAGUGUGGGUGCUGGUUGAAGUGUGGGUGCUGGUUGUGAGAGUGUGGGUGCUGGUUGUGAGAGUGUGGGUGCUGGUUGUGAGAGUGUGGGUGCUGGUUGUGAGAGUGUGGGUGCUGGUUGUGAGAGUGUGGGUGCUGGUUGUGAGAGUGUGGGUGCUGGUUGUGAGAGUGUGGGUGCUGGUUGUAGUGUGGGUGCUGGUUGUGAGAGUGUGGGUGCUGGUUGUGAGAGUGUGGGUGCUGGUUGUGAGAGUGUGGGUGCUGGUUGUGAGAGUGUGGGUGCUGGUUGUGAGAGUGUGGGUGCUGGUUGUGAGAGUGUGGGUGCUGGUUGUGAGAGUGUGGGUGCUGGUUGUGAGAGUGUGGGUGCUGUGGGUGUGGGUGCUGGUUGUGAGAGUGUGGGUGCUGGUUGUGAGAGUGUGGGUGCUGGUUGUGAGAGUGUGGGUGCUGGUUGUGAGAGUGUGGGUGCUGGUUGUGAGAGUGUGGGUGCUGGUUGUGAGAGUGUGGGUGCUGGUUGUGAGAGUGUGGGUGCUGGUUGUGAGAGUGUGGGUGCUGGUUGUGAGAGUGUGGGUGCUGGUUGUGAGAGUGUGGGGGCUGGUUGGUGAGUGUGGGUGGGGUUGUGAGAGUGUGGGUGCUGGUUGUGAGAGUGUGGGUGCUGGUUGUGAGAGUGUGGGUGCUGGUUGUGAGAGUGUGUGGUGUGUGUGUGAGAGUGUGGGUGCUGGUUGUGAGAGUGUGGGUGCUGGUUGUGAGAGUGUGGGUGCUGGUUGUGAGAGUGUGGGUGCUGGUUGUGAGAGUGUGGGUGCUGGUUGUGAGAGUGUGGGUGCUGUGGGGUGCUGGUGUGAGUGUGGGUGCUGGUUGUGGAGUGUGGGUGCUGGUUGUGAGAGUGUGGGUGCUGGUUGUGAGAGUGUGGUGCUGGUUGUGAGAGUGUGGGUGCUGGUUGUGAGAGUGUGGGUGCUGGUUGUGAGAGUGUGGGUGCUGGUUGUGAGAGUGUGGGUGCUGGUUGUGAGAGUGUGGGUGCUGGUUGUGGUGUGGUUGAGAGUGUGGGUGCUGGUUGUGAGAGUGUGGGUGCUGGUUGUGAGAGUGUGGGUGCUGGUUGAGAGAGUGUGGGUGCUGGUUGUGAGAGUGUGGGUGCUGGUUGUGAGAGUGUGGGUGCUGGUUGUGAGAGUGUGGGUGCGUUGUGAGAGUGUGGGGUGCUGGUUAGUGUGGGUGCUGGUUGUGAGAGUGUGGGUGCUGGUUGUGAGAGUGUGGGUGCUGGUUGUGAGAGUGUGGGUGCUGGUUGUGAGAGUGUGGGUGUGGUGUGAGAGUGUGGGUGCUGGUUGUGAGAGUGUGGGUGCUGGUUGUGAGAGUGUGGGUGCUGGUUGUGAGAGUGUGGGUGCUGGUUGUGAGAGUGUGGGUGCUGGUUGUGAGAGUGUGGGUGCUGUGUGGGUGCUGGUGUGUGAGAGUGUGGGUGCUGGUUGUGAGAGUGUGGGUGCUGGUUGUGAGAGUGUGGGUGCUGGUUGUGAGAGUGUGGGUGCUGGUUGUGAGAGUGUGGGUGCUGGUUGUGAGAGUGUGGGUGCUGGUUGUGAGAGUGUGGGUGCUGGUUGUGAGAGUGUGGGUGCUGGUUGUGUGAGUGUGGGUGCUGGUUGUGAGAGUGUGGGUGCUGGUUGUGAGAGUGUGGGUGCUGGUUGUGAGAAGUGGGUGGGUUGUGAGGUGUGGGUGCUGGUUGUGAGAGUGUGGGUGCUGGUUGUGAGAGUGUGGGUGCUGGUUGUGAGAGUGUGGGUGCUGGUUGUGAGAGUGUGGGUGCUGGUUGUGAGAGUGUGGGUGCUGGUUGUGAGAGUGUGGGUGCUGGUUGUGAGAGUGUGGGUGCUGGUUGUGAGAGUGUGGGUGCUGGUUGUGAGAGUGUGGGUGCUGGUUGAGUGA